CUCCGCGCGCGGCGGCCGUGGCUGUUGGAGGGAGCGCGGCCCGGCCGCGCGGGCGGUGGCUGCGCCUGCCGGGCGGUGGAGAGGCCGCGGCCGCCAUGGGCGCCCCGGUGAGGCGGGGCUGAGCCCCCGGGACCCCUUUCCCUGCCCUGGGCCUGCCCGGGCCUCUCCCGCUCGCUGCGAGUGACUGAGCGCGGCGGCUCCCUUGGUGUGCGGGGCCUGCGCCCCGCUCCCUCCUCGGCUCCCGGCCCCUUUCCCUCCCCUCCGCGCACCGGCCCGGCGCUCUCUCGCUCUCUCUCUCUCUCUCUCUCUCUCUCCAUCGCCGGGGGUAACCGCAGCCGGGCGAGGCGCCGGCGUCUCCCCACUCGGGGGCCCCCCCCCGGGUGCUCGGGGUUUCCCUCCCCUCGUCGCCCCCCGCUCCAUCCCAGCGCCCCGUGUCGGCUCCCGGUGCUCCAUGUCGGCCCCGCUGCCCGGCUCCCCGCUGCAGGAUGGAUGCAGACGCUGACCGGGGAUCCACCCCGCCGGCCCAGCCUCCCAGCUCCGCCGCGAGGAGCCCUUGGGACCCUCCUCAGUUGCAGCUGCAACGGCAGCCGCGGCCGGGCGCGCUCCCCGCUCAGUGACCGGCCCUCCCCUCGCCUCCCGCCGCCGCCGCCUCGCCACAGCCGCGCUCCCCCGGGGCACCAUGUCGGGGAGCGCCCCGGGCAGCGGCGCCCCGGCCCCUCGCUUCCUGGUGCCCCCGCCGCCGCCGCCCAAGAACGGCUCCAGCUCGGACAGCUCCGUCGGGGAGAAGCUGGGAGCCGCCGACCACGGAGCCGCCGGUGCCGGCGGGUCGGACGGCGGGCCGGGGAACGGCGGCCGCAGUGAGGAGUACCGGCGCCGCCGCCACACCAUGGACAAGGACAGCCGGGGGGCGGCCGCCACCGAGCACCGCUUCUUCCGCCGGAGCGUGAUCUGCGACUCCAACGCCACGGCCUUGGAGCUGCCCAGCUUGCAGCCCGCAGCGUCCUCGGCCCCGGUCUCGGGAGGCAGCGCAGCUCCCUUGGUGUCCCCUCCCGAGGGUGCCGGCCCGACCCCUUCCACCGCUGUCAGCGCCGCCCAAGCCCCCUCGCUGCUGCAGCAGCCGCCGCCGCCCGCCCCGCUCCCCCUGGAAGAAGGACAGGCUGCUGAGGAGCCCCCAGCUGCCAAGGAUGCCGCCCCGCUGCUGCCCAAGGAGGAGGAGGAGGGGGACGAGGCAACUGCGCUACCCCCUACCAGUGCCGCUGGCAGCCUGUCAGCUGCCACCCGGGAAUUUGAGGAGCGGAGAGCACAGCAGGAAGAUAUCGAAGAGCUUGAGACCAAGGCGGUGGGCAUCUCCCCGGAUGGCCGCUUCCUGAAGUUUGACAUCGAGAUUGGAAGAGGCUCUUUCAAAACUGUGUAUAAAGGACUGGAUACGGAAACCACCGUGGAAGUUGCCUGGUGCGAGCUACAGGAUCGGAAGCUGUCCAAGUCAGAGCGACAACGAUUUAAAGAGGAAGCUGGGAUGCUGAAAGGGCUUCAGCAUCCCAAUAUUGUCAGGUUCUAUGAUUCCUGGGAGUCUACAGUCAAAGGAAAAAAGUGUAUUGUUCUUGUGACGGAACUAAUGACGUCUGGAACACUGAAAACGUAUUUGAAAAGAUUUAAAGUGAUGAAAAUUAAAGUACUACGAAGCUGGUGCCGUCAGAUACUGAAAGGCUUACAGUUUCUCCACACACGCACUCCUCCCAUUAUUCAUAGAGACUUAAAAUGUGACAACAUCUUCAUUACUGGCCCCACUGGAUCAGUCAAGAUUGGAGACCUCGGUCUGGCAACCCUGAAACGAGCUUCUUUUGCCAAAAGUGUGAUAGGUACCCCAGAGUUCAUGGCCCCCGAGAUGUAUGAGGAGAAAUAUGAUGAAUCCGUUGAUGUAUAUGCUUUUGGGAUGUGUAUGCUAGAGAUGGCCACGUCUGAGUAUCCUUAUUCCGAGUGCCAAAAUGCCGCGCAGAUCUACCGCCGAGUGACCAGUGGUGUCAAACCAGCCAGCUUUGAUAAAGUAGCAAUCCCUGAAGUGAAGGAGAUUAUUGAGGGAUGCAUUCGGCAAAACAAAGGUGAAAGAUAUGCUAUUAAGGACCUUUUGAAUCAUGCUUUCUUCCAAGAAGAGACUGGAGUACGGGUAGAACUAGCGGAGGAAGACGAUGGAGAAAAAAUUGCCAUUAAACUGUGGCUGCGAAUUGAAGACAUCAAAAAACUCAAGGGCAAAUAUAAAGACAAUGAGGCAAUAGAGUUUUCCUUUGAUUUGGAAAGAGAUGUCCCAGAGGAUGUAGCACAGGAAAUGGUGGAAUCUGGCUAUGUCUGUGAAGGGGAUCACAAGACGAUGGCGAAAGCUAUCAAGGACAGGGUAUCUUUGAUUAAGCGAAAGCGAGAGCAGCGUCAGUUGGUGCGAGAAGAACAGGAGAAGAUCCUUCAGGAAGAAGGUAGUCAGAAGCAGCAGCUGGAGCAACAGCAGCCAAGUGCUUCCUAUGCAGGGUCAAAGCAUCCCCAGUCUGUCACGGGUACUACUCUUGUCCCCACUGCUUCAGCAUCGGUUUCUACACAAGUGGAACCUGAAGAGCCGGAAGCUGAUCAACACCAACAACUGCAGUUCCAGCAGCCCAGUGUAUCUGUUCUUUCUGAUGGGACAGUUGACAGUGGCAUGGGGUCAUCUGUUUAUGCUGAAUCGUGUGUGGGCAGUCAGGCUGUGUCGUAUGGUUCCCAGCUUGACCAGUCAGCCUCAAACACUGCAGUCCAGGGAUACCCAGCUUCAGUUGGCCAAGUGCAAUCACAGCAGCAUGGAGGAUUUCAGCCACCUGCAGGGACACAGGUGCAAGGCCAGCCAGCCUCGAGCAGUGCAUCGGUGCCAUCCCAGCCUACCCAACACACUCAACAGAGUGCACAGCAGCCAGCCUCUUCCCAACAACCUGGACAGUACCAACUGCAGCAGCCACCAGUUUCUGCUGGCACAACUCCUGCACAAACUGUCUCUCAAACUCAAACUUCACAGAUUAUGCCAAUGCCUCAGGCAGCAGCUGGGACACAGCUUCCUGUUUCCCAGCCAGUGUCGAUCAUCCAAGGCGAGCCUCAAUUACCUGUUGCAGCACCUUCUCUCCCUCAGCCUUCAGUUGCCCCAUCAGUCCCCAUUGGCUCUCAUUUUCUACCCAUGGGACAGGCCUUGCCAACUUCUGUGGUUCCCCAGUUCCCAGUCUCUCAGUUGCCUGUAGCAGCUCCUCAUGUGACAGUGGCUCAGCCAGGUUUCCAGUCACUACCCAUUUCAAUGGCAGCUGGCAUGAAUCAGCCAUUGCUCACACUGGCAACGUCUGCUGCGGCAACUGCUGUUCCUGUAGGAUCAACCGUUGUCCCUAGCCAGCUUCCCACAGUGAUGCAGCCUGUGGCUCAGCUGCCCAGCCAGGUUCUCCCACAGCUCCUGCAGCCAGCUGUCCAGUCCGUGGGAUUGCCAGUCAGCAUUGGACAAGCUGCUGAAGCUUCACUUCCUGCUGGAGAUGCUCUUUACCAGGGUUUCCCGUCGCGGCUGCCGUCUCAGUACCCCGGGGACUCGAAUGUCACACCUUCCUCUGCUGUGGCCUCUGCCAGCAUUCCUUCUGCUGUCCUGUCCCCUCCCUUACCCACAGAUGCAAUGGCCCAGUCGGGAUAUCUCGCUCCUGUUGUGCAGCCGUACGGGGAACAGAACGUUCUCGUUUCCAUGGGCAGCAUAGGAGGACAGGUGCAAGUGCCCCAGCCUCCAGUGAGUUUAGCACAACAGGCCUCAUCUGCCUCCUCACAGCAGGCAGCUUUGGAGGGUUCUCAGGGAGUCUCACAAACUGCUCCUUCAGAGACUCUUCCAGCAACACAGCCUGCUCAAUCUACCCCUUUGGCUUCCUCUAUGGAUAGUGCACAUUCUGAUGUUGCUUCAGGAUUGAGUGAUGGCAACGAGAAUGUCCCAACUUCUAGCGGAAGGCACGAGGGGAGGACCGCGAAACGUCACAUGCGGAGGUCUGUCCGCAGUCGCUCUCGCCACGAGAAGACUGCUAGGCCAAAACUGAGAAUUCUAAAUGUUUCGAACAAAGGUGAUCGGGUAGUGGAGUGCCAGCUAGAGACACACAAUCGGAAAAUGGUUACUUUCAAAUUUGAUUUGGAUGGUGAUAACCCUGAGGAAAUAGCUUCAAUUAUGGUGCAGAAUGAGUUUAUUUUAGCAACAGAGAGAGACUCAUUUGUAGAACAGGUACGAGAGAUUAUUGAGAAAGCAGAUGAAAUGCUAAGUGAGGAUGCAAGCGUGGAGCCAGAAGGUGAUCAGGGUUUGGAGAGCAUGCAGACAAAAGAUGAUGGCUUCUUUCCAGGGUCGCAGAAAUUAGAGUUCAAACAGCCAGAUCCUACAUCUUCCAUGCCACAAAGAAUAGGGGUCCCUUCUAGCUCCUUUACCCAGGUUGUCCAUUCUGCGGGAAGACGGUUUAUUGUCAGCCCUGUCCCUGAGAGUCGGUUAAAAGAACAGGGCUUUUUCACCUCUGCUGUUUCUGGAGGAAGCGAAACUUCAGAUAUGGUUGCUGCAUCUCCAGUACACGGGCCUGGAAUGAAUCUCUCCCACUCAGCGUCAUCACUGAGCUUGCAGCAAGCUUUCUCUGAGAUGGGGCAUGCUCAGAUGACAGAGGGACCUAGUACAGCUCCUCCAGUGUUCAACCAAACAGUACCACCGUUUCCACCUGCACUUUCUAGCAUGGCGGGCAGUGGUGCAACUCCUGCAUCUGUCGCUGCUUCUUCAAUAUCUGUUUCCUCCAGCACUGGUGUUUCUCUUCCAGAAUCUGUUACUUUGCCUUCGGAAAAUGCAGCUGUUGGAGCUGCACCAAGCACAAGUGUGCCAAGCUCUGUUUCUCCACCUCCAGCCUCACAAUCUGGACAGCAAUCGACUGGUGUCACUUCCAGUGUGAGCGCCCCUGCUUCUUUCUCCUUAUCUACCACAUCCCAGCCUGCUCAACCAGUAUCUGGAGAUAUUGCCCCCAGUAUCAGCACACCAUCGUCCUUGGCACUGCCAUCUACCCAGGUUCCUGGUGUCACUGGUCUUGGUGUCGUUGCACCGACUGUGACAUCUCAGUCUACUCCUCAGAUAGUAAGUAGUAUGGCAGGACCACAGACAUCCGUUGCCCUGUCUCUGGCUCAGAACGUGGCUUUGCAGCUUCCUCACCUUAGUAGCAGUGGCUCUGUGUGCAGUCUGGCAGAAACAACAGUUGUAAGCGCUCCACAGUCACUACCUGAGAGUGGGCAGUCUCUGGCUACAUCGCAUCCCUGCAGUGCAGCUGGCUUGUCUCUUCCGAUCUCUGCACCUUUGUCAUCCUCAGUAGCAUCAAGCAUAUGUGGUUCAGUCGCUCAACCAGUGAUACAUCCCUUACUCGGCCCGUCAGGAAUUACAUCAACACCUGUCCUGCCCCAGAUUUCAGGUGCAACACCCAUGUUGCCCCAGGUUCCCUUGCCUGGUGUCUUGCCGCAACCAGUCACUAACUUGCCUGCCGUUCAGCAGACUUUGAUACACAGCCAGCCUCAACCAGCUCCGUUACCCAACCAGCCUCACGUUCACUGUCUGGAGGCUGAUGCUGAUGCUCAGUCUAAAGCUCCUGGUAUUGAUGACAUAAAGACCCUGGAAGAAAAGCUACGGUCUCUCUUCAGCGAGCAUGGUAAUGUGGGAACAGUGCAUCCGUCAGUAUCUCUGGAGACAUCGCUGGUGAUGGAAACGACAGUUGUUCCUGGGAUACCAACCACUGCUGUUGCACCAACUAAACCCCUGACAUCCAUUAGCACUUGUAUACCUCCAAGCAGUUUGCCUCUUGGACCAACUGGCUUGCCAGUGCUGACUCCAGCUGCCACUCCCGGGCAAGGGAUCACCCCAGUGAGCUACAUUUCGGCGCCGAGCAGCAUUGUGACAGCAGUAGUGAAACCAGGGACCUCUCCUUCCAAGCCCCCCCUUAGCAGGGUACCGGUGCUACCAGUAGGUUCUGAACUUCCAGCUGGCACUCCAUCCAGUGAGCCGCUGCCACCUUUUCCAGGACCUUCACUAACUCAGUCCCAGCAGCCACUGGAAGAUCUGGAUGCUCAGCUGAGAAGAACCCUUAGUCCAGAGACCGUUCCAGUGACAUCUGCUCCUGCCUGUUCUGUGCCCUCAGUAGCAUCUACGACGGUUACCGGGCUGGUGUCCACAGCAGCACAGUCUCUGAAGGAUGCUUCAGCAUCAGGUGACGGAGAGAGCAGUGCUGUGGCUACCACAGCAGGAGCCAGUGUCCUGAAGAUGGGGCGGUUUCAGGUAUCCGUGGCAGUGGAUGAUGCGCUAAAAGAGGGCGACAAACCUGAAACUAAGCCAGUGCAAUUUGAAACCACCUCCAGUGAUUCUUCAUGUCUUUCUGGCAGUAGCCCAGAGAGUACACUGGUAAAACAGGCUGGCAGUCGGAAAAGUGGGGCUGUUGCUGGUGCUUCCUUGGAUGUGGUGGAUGGCAUUCCUCAGACAGAUCCCGAGCUGCAAUUACCGGUAGAUGUUGGUCAGGCCACUAAGGUCGGGCGCUUUCAGGUGACAACAACAACGGAUCAAGUUGGGCGCUUCUCAGUGUCAAAGACUCAGGAUGAGGUCAGCUGUGCAGAGAAAGAGCCAAUGACUCUUCCUCUCUCUGUGGGCUUGGAACAAGUUGCUUCUUCAGCUGCAGCUCCGAAGAAAGAGUUGGAGUCGAGGCAGUCCCCACACAUGAAUGGUCCAUCCUCUGAUCCGGAGGCCGCCUUCUUAAGUGGGAUGGCUAAGGAUUUGGAUGAUGGCUCAGGGAGCCCAGACUCUCUCCAGCACCUGGGAUCAAAGAUCAACCUCCCUGUUCAGAGCCUUAGCAACUCAUUCAACUCUUCCUACAUGAGCAGUGACAACGAGUCAGAUAUUGAAGAUGAAGACUUGAAAUUGGAACUCCGUCGGUUACGGGAGAAGCACCUUAAAGAGAUCCAGGAGCUACAGAGUCGCCAGAAGCAGGAGAUUGAGUCACUGUAUAUGAAACUGGGAAAGGCCCCACCUGCAGUAAUUAUUCCCCCAGCUGCACCCCUUUCAGGAAGAAGGAGACGACCUACUAAAGGAAAAAGCAGCAAGUCCAGUCGUAGCAGCUCCCAGGGACAUAAAAGCCCUCAGCUAUCAGGCAAUCUGUCAGCUCAAAGUGCACCAUCAGUCUUGCCCCCUCAGCAGACCCUUCAUCCUCCCGGCAGUGUGCCAGAGAUUGGGCAGAACCAUUUGUUACAGCCCCUCAAACCUUCACCUUCUAGUGAAAAUCUCUACUCUGCCUUCACCAGUGAUGGUGCCCUGUCGGUACCGAGCCUUUCGGCACCGGGCCAAGGCUGUGCGAAGUUUAACUGUGCAUCUGAGAGAGUGACGUUCAAGCCUGGUGGCAGGAGGACCCGAUUUCUGAGUACGCCCUGCUUGGCUCUUUGGAAGAUGGUGAAAAAAGUCUGUCCUUGCAACCAGCUCUGUAGGACCAGCAGCACUAACACGGUCGGGGCUGCAGUGAACAGCCAAGCCCCCCAGACCCAGCCCACUGCUAUCGCCUCGAGCCGGAAAGGGACUUUCACAGAUGACCUGCACAAGCUGGUCGAUAACUGGGCCCGGGAUGCCAUGAACCUGUCUGGCAAGAAAGUUGGCAAAGGGCAUAGUAGUUAUGAGGCCCCUGGAAUGGCAAGAAAAUUCUCGGCACCAGGUCAGCUCUGUAUCUCUAUGACAUCUUCCCUGGGUGCUACGCCCAUCCCUGCAGCAUCAGCUACCUCUUUAGGUCCCUUCACAAAGCCUAUAUGCCCUCCGCAGCCGUACGGUUAUCCAGCAGCGUCUUUCCCCCCUCCGUGGAGUGGGACGGGCGGGCCAGCACAGCCACCGCUGGGCCAGUUCCAGCCCGUAGGUGCCGCCUCUUUGCAAAGCUUCAACAUCAGCAGCUUGCAGAAGUCGGUCAGCAACCCUCCCGGCUCCAACCUGCGGACCACUUAGCCCUGCUCGGAGACCACGCUGGCGAGACCUCGGGACAGGACGUGGGGAGGGAAAUGGGGCCCUGUAUCAACUACUAGUGCUGCAAUGAACUGGUAGCUUGCCAGACUGGGAAUGAAUUGAUCUUUUCCAACCAUUGCUGUCAACUCUCUGUAAAGGGGGUUUCCCCACACACUUGGAAGGGGGAGGAGGAUGAUCAGCAUCCUUGUGAUGGGACAGUGCUUUUCACCAAGGGGGUCCUGCUCUUGUGUGGAACGAGAGCUGUGAAGAGGAGUCAUGGGGUCAGUUAAUACAGUCUUGCUGUAAAUUUUUUCUCUGGUUUGAAGCUGAAUCCACAUGUGUUGAGGUGGGAGAGCUGAACCCUAGCAUGAGGCUUUAGCAUGCUUCUCGCCUCUCCCUGAAGAACCAAGAUCAGGAAAAAAGCUGUCCAAAUUCCCCUCCUCUCCCUCUCCCCGGUCAAUCAUAUCUGGCUCUGAAAAGAUGGGGCACACAAAUGGACUUGCAGUGCAGCCCGUGCUUGAUAGGUCAUUACUGCUUUAAGUAAGAUAUUAACAGCUUUGACUGCAGCAUUAGAGCAAUUUAAAUUGUUAAAAAAAAAAAUUUAAAAGUUCCCUGCGGACAUGUACUUACCAUCAGUUUUGAUGUGGAAACACUGUGAUAUAUAAAUGUUGUUGGACAACAGUAGUUUAAAAAUGAGUGGAAUAUAGAGGGUUAAAAAGUUAAAAAGAAAAAAUGGGAAAAAAAGCUAGCUAUAUCCUUAUACUUAUUGGAGACACUUUAACUUUUUCCUUUGUAUUUUCAUUGUAUUAGAUAAAUAAAUGUGAAUGUAAAAUUGUAUAAAUUAAUGUACUUGAAUACUUGUCUGUUCUCCCAGUAUGCUUGCUGGAUAUUUUAGUGCCUUGGACUUCUAUUGCUUCUGCAGUUUAGCGUCGUCUUCCCAGCAGACCCCAGGUGGGCAGAGGGCAUGUUCAGUGAGGGGUGGCUUUGUUUGUACCCAGCGCCCGGGACGCUCCGUGUCCCGGUGCCGCUCGGAGUAGGUGUGUGGAGGGGGAAGUCAUUGAGGCCGCGGGUUGGAACAACGUUCUGUGUGUCGGGGAAGCUUGUCCAGGUGGGCAGAUCUGAAGUUGCUGGUGUGACAGGGGCCAGGUGGGGGAGGGACGGAGGGUUGCGGGUGAAGCUAAAACGAGACUAACCAAUAUUGUCUAUGGAGGCAGGAGGUCUGGAUCAGAAGCGGAGAGAGGAUGGGGAGAACGUGUAUCUUUGGGAAAGGCCCAACUUAAGAUGCAGUUUGACUCCACCUGCGAAGUGGUAAAGAUGUUUGGUCAGGAUGUGGAUUGAGGGAGAGGUGCCAUUGCUCAUUGGGCUUGUCUGCUGGGAUUGCUUUUCUUACCUUUUUUUUUUCCUUUAUUUUCUCUUUUUUUUUUUUUUUUUGUUUUUUUUUUUUUUUUUUUGUUUUUUUGUAAAAUUCAUUUAAGCCAGGAACAGACUGUCCUGGUGCAACGUCCAUUGCCGGCAAUGGAUGUACUUGAAACAGCCGGCAUCAAGAAGUUUCCUCUGUCUGUCUUGGAGGAUUUACAAUUUUGUUCACUCUUAACAAAUUUCAAGCUGGUACCAGGACUGUCACUAUCUGUCACCUCUUAGUACCUAUACUGUAUCUUCUGCUUUGGUCAUUCUCCCUUUAUAUAUUUAAGAAAUACUGGUUUCCUCUUCAAACUCAAAAUAAUACCAGCCAGUAUUUAUGUAGUGCUGCAAAAAGCUGUGAAGGAUGAGAGUUCUGCUUCCCAGUGCUUGGGAGCAGCUCACCAGUAUCCUGGAAGCUGGUGCUGCACCACCAGGGAUGUUACUUGCCCACAUUGUUUUCUAGGAGCACUGUUCCCCUUCCCUGGAGCCUUAUUAGGGAGUUUUUGUGUCUGUGGAUGUUCUCACUUUUACAAAGAAAUGUGCGAGGUCCGUUCCAUUCCUGUCGCUUGUUUUACAGCAGUUCUGGCAGCAGGGCCAGGCUGGAGAGGAGCCGCUCUGGGCCCUGAGGCCGGUUGGUUCUGUGUAGCAGGUGCAGGCUGGAGCUGCAGGGGGAGAGAGAGGAGGCUCGAGGGGUGUGUUGGAAGGGGGGAGAGCAGGGUUCCAGUGGCCAAGGCAGAACGGGAACGCUGCUCCUCCAUCUGCAGGGAUGGAUGCAGAGGAGUCUCUUGGGCAUGGCCAGUGCAAACGGGAGCGGUGACAAACCUGAGGCAGUAAUGAGACAAGGGGAAUAUUCAUGGCGGAGGAACUGGUCAGCUGGAUGCAGCACGUGGUUAUUUAAAUUUGAUCUAAUAAGUUUUGAGGUCGUUUUUUCACUUAAUGUUAUGCAAGAACUGGUUUUAUUUACCAUUGAUUUUUUUUUUUUUUUCCCCCCCCUCCCUCCCUCUCCUCCUGUGGAUGAAUAACUGAAGUCUAGAGGAAUAAACUAAUGCUACUGAACUGUUAAAUUAUUUUGUUUAAUAUUACACUUUGAGUAUCUUUUUCCACAUAAAAUCUGUUUCUGAAUUACAAGCGUUUUCUUUACAUUAUUUAACAAUGUACACUGUAAAAAAUAAAAAUAAAAAAAAAUAAAAUGAAUUGAAACUUGGGGCUUC